AUGCCCAUACCCGUUAUAGCGAAGAAGCGGGAAGGGACGCAGGAGCUCAAAGCGCGGCGGAAGGUGCGGCGCGGAGCGAACUACUGGAUCCGCCGCGGGCUGGGUGUGGCAGAGCGGAAGGGCGAGGGGGAGGAUAAGCCUAUCUUAGUGGUGGAAAGCGCGCUCGAGGUGCUUGGCUGCGCUGCGGACGUCCGCGCGCUCGCCGGCUCGCUGACUCGCGACCUAAACUUCUUUCACGGGCAGCUGCCCGCCGUUUUCCCGGAGGAAACAAAAGCCGCGGAGGGCGUGGCGGACGUGGUGCGCACGCUCGCGCAGCGGCUAGAGCAGCUGGCAGAUCGAAUCGAGGCGUCGCUGUCGGCGGAGCAGCGGCGCGAGGUGGAGGAGGAGCUGGAGGCGCAGGCGCUGCAGGAACAGAUGGACAAGGAGGCGAACGUGCAGGAGCGGGUGCUGCGGCGCCUGGGCGGCCUAUCCAACACGAGCGCGAUCUUGGAAAGGGUGCGACAGAGGAUAGCCUCUGUUGACAUCUCGUUUGGGGACUUCAGCAUCGACCUGCCCACCAUCAAAGGGGCGGGAGGGAAGGCGGUGCGCACACUGGUGGACACGUGGCGGCGUCUGAAUGGCCGCCCACCCACCACGGAGCUCGAGCCCCUGGCGUCGGGCCUGCCCCGCCCCGAUUCAACCGGCGACAAGGAGGAGGAAAAGAAGCUCAAGCUGCUGCUGGAGGUUGAGGCCCUGGACAAGCGGCUGAACGAAGCAAUCCGGAGCAGGGAGCAGCGGCUGCGGCAGAGGAACGUGCUUGUGAGGGCCAGGCUCGCCCGGGAGAUCAAAGCACUGGAUGAUGAGGUGAACGAGCUGCGCAAGGAGCUGGCAGUGCGCACGCUGCAGCUGCAGAUGCAGGUCAUCUACAUGUUCCUAGAGCAGGAGUUGCUGUAUGCCGCCGACUCCCAGGACAUGCGGUCAGACGAGGACGAGUCCCUCCUUGUGGCGGAAUACGGUCUGCUUGAUGCUGAUCUGGCACGGCUGCGCACGGCUGUGGACAGAAACGAGGCGAUUCUUAUCGAGGAUGAGGAGCUGGAGGCACUGGCGAUCGACAUUCCCGACCUCAAGUUCCGGCUGGGCAUAAUGGAGGAGCCAUCAGUGCCGCUGCAGCAGCGCGCACAGAUGACAGUGGAGGAGGCGAAGGGCAAGGUGGGCGAGGGCGCGUCCUUUUUCGCGCGAGGCGUGCGCCUGCUGGCAGGCGACGUGGCGUACUCUGCCCGGCUGUUCUGGGUCGCUGCUACCGGGACCACACUCAAAGCUAGAGAGGUGCAAACCCUGCGUCGCACAGCAACCGACCUGCUGGUGGUGAUCCCCUUCGCCAUCAUCCUCAUCGCACCCAUCACCCCGGUGGGCCACGUGGCUGUCUUCGGCUUCCUGCAGCGCUACUUCCCCGGCUUCUUCCCCUCUGCCUUCUCCUCUCGCCGGCAAGAGGUGAUGGUGCGCUACGAGAACCUCAAGCUACAGAUGGCUACAGCCUCGGGAUCAGAGAAAGAGAAAGUCCAGGCCAUGGCUGCCGCAGCAGCCACAGAAACAUUCGAAGCCUCAGAAGAGGAUUCCGCAGGAGGCGGAGGGAUGGGGAUGCAUGGAGGAGCGGGAGGAGGGUCAGGGGGAGGAGGCAUGGGGAUGGGCAUGGGCGGGUUUUCAUUCGGGCUUGGGUUUGGGAGAGGGGAGAAUGUCGGCGGGCAGUCUUCGAGAAUUUGGAGAGACGAGCGGGCGAAGCUGCUGCUGCUGCAGGAGAAGCUUCCGGGAAUCUCCCGCCUGGUGUCGAGCUUGAGGGAAGCGGAUGGGAGGAGAGAUGGGGAGGCGGGGGAGAAGGCGGAGGGAGGGCUGGCUUCAUCCCUGCAAGCCUUGGCAUCACCUCUCUUGUCGUCUUCUGGUAAACUUCGUUACUUUCUAUUUCUAUCCAUGGCUUCCACCGUCUUCGCCAAGGAGGCUACUCCCGCCGCCGUUGAGUCUAUCCAGACCAACUUCCCCGGCUCCGUGGAGGAGACUACAUACGUCGCGUCCGUCGCCGACAAGCUCAAGGAGCACGGGUUCAGCAAGGACAACAGCAUCGCGCUCGUCAGCACGUGCCGUGACGAGGCGUCGCGUCUGCUCGACGCCACCAUUGACAAGCACUUCGGCCUCACCUUCGCGCUCAACGGCCUUGCGGGAGUGCCGCCCGGUGGCGCGCUUGCGAUCAAGGCCGGCGCGUCUCACAGCCCGCAGGACGAGAGCGGCAAGGAGAGAUAUGUCUUCUUCGGUCUGACCCACAUCGGUGUUGACGAGACUGGCGCCAUCGGUAAGAUGCGCCGCGAAGGCCGCUCCGCGGCUUCCGGCGCGUGCGGCGCGCUUCUCGCACUGACCGCGCAGUUCAGCGCGAGCAAGGACCUCCCGGAGGCGUCGGAGGACGAUCUCGAGGUGCACAACCUGACGAAGAAGCUCCUCGCGGUGAACCCCGAGCCGAACAUCGUGGCGGUUACCAAGGCGGCUGUUGAUGUUAUUAACAGCACGCUGGAGCAUCUGAUCAGCGUGGCCGUUGACAGCACGAAGGCGGAUUACGCCGUGAUCACCGGCGUGCAGAUCCACUCGGGCAACAACCCCGUUGGCACGGAAUUCAAGCUGGAGAACACCGUUGAGUACAUCACCCCUUCGCUCGCUUACGUGGUUGUUGACGGAGUCAAGAAGGAGCUGUCCCUGUAA